CAUUGCGGACAAAUAUACGGAUAUAACAUUUUUAAAUACAUACCUACAUAUAUAUAUAUAUUUUUUUUUCAAAAAUCAACAGAAAUAAAAGUUGUGUUUUAAGUAUUUUAUAAUUGAAUAAUAAAGGAAAUUUUUUUUUUGUUUUAACAUAAUAAAAAUUUUUACUGCAAUUUAAAAUCGGUGUACUUACAGUUUUUUUGCUGUUCAAUUAAAAUUUCUUAUAUUUUAUAUAAUAAAAGUUUAAUAAACCUUACCCAUUCAUCAUGAGAGAAUGUAUUUCAGUUCAUAUUGGCCAAGCUGGUGUUCAAAUUGGUAAUGCCUGUUGGGAAUUAUAUUGUCUUGAACAUGGUAUUCAACCAGAUGGUCAAAUGCCAUCUGAUAAAACAAUUGGUGGCGGUGAUGAUUCAUUUAAUACAUUCUUUAGUGAAACUGGUUCCGGUAAACAUGUACCAAGAGCUGUAUUCGUUGAUUUAGAACCUACUGUUGUCGAUGAGGUUCGUACCGGUACAUACCGUCAACUUUUCCAUCCAGAACAAUUAAUUACUGGAAAAGAGGAUGCUGCUAAUAAUUAUGCCCGUGGUCAUUAUACAAUUGGCAAGGAAAUUGUUGAUCUUGUAUUAGAUCGUAUUCGUAAAUUAGCUGAUCAAUGUACUGGUCUUCAAGGAUUUUUGGUAUUCCAUUCAUUUGGUGGUGGUACCGGAAGUGGUUUUACAUCAUUAUUAAUGGAACGUUUAUCAGUCGAUUAUGGCAAAAAAUCUAAAUUAGAAUUUUCAAUUUAUCCAGCUCCUCAGGUAUCAACUGCUGUUGUAGAACCAUAUAAUUCAAUUUUAACAACCCACACAACAUUAGAACAUUCUGAUUGUGCCUUUAUGGUAGAUAAUGAAGCUAUUUAUGAUAUUUGCCGUCGUAAUUUGGAUAUUGAAAGACCAACAUAUACCAAUUUGAAUCGUUUAAUUGGACAAAUUGUAUCAUCAAUAACAGCUUCAUUACGUUUCGAUGGUGCAUUAAAUGUUGAUUUAACUGAAUUUCAAACAAAUCUUGUACCAUAUCCACGUAUUCAUUUCCCAUUGGCAACAUAUGCUCCAGUUAUAUCAGCUGAAAAAGCAUAUCAUGAACAAUUAACUGUAGCUGAAAUAACAAAUGCAUGCUUUGAACCAGCUAAUCAAAUGGUUAAAUGUGAUCCAAGACAUGGUAAAUAUAUGGCAUGCUGUAUGUUAUAUCGUGGUGAUGUUGUACCAAAAGAUGUUAAUGCUGCAAUUGCAACAAUUAAAACAAAACGUUCAAUACAAUUUGUUGAUUGGUGUCCAACUGGUUUUAAAGUUGGUAUUAAUUAUCAGCCACCAACUGUUGUACCAGGUGGUGAUUUGGCAAAAGUUCAAAGAGCUGUUUGUAUGUUAUCAAAUACAACAGCUAUUGCUGAAGCCUGGGCACGUCUUGAUCAUAAAUUUGAUUUAAUGUAUGCAAAACGUGCUUUCGUACAUUGGUAUGUUGGUGAAGGUAUGGAAGAAGGUGAAUUCUCUGAAGCACGUGAAGAUUUGGCUGCAUUGGAAAAAGAUUAUGAAGAAGUUGGUGUUGACUCAACAGAAGAAGUUGGAGAAGGUGAUGAAUAUUAAACGAACCCAACAAAAAAAAAAAAACAGAACAAUUUACAUAAAAACGAAAUAAAAAGAAAAGUAGAAUAAGAACAAAAUGACAGCGCAUUAAAAUUAAAGCUUACAAAAAUGACAACAAAUCGAUUUUGUUCUUAAUUUGCAAUAAAAAUCUUAAAUUUUCUUUUUAUAAUAUUUAAUUUUAAAAAAAAAGAACUAAAAAAUCAAAUAUUACAUUAAUUAAUAGUAGGUAUUUAUUAUUUCUCAUUUUGAUUCACAUUUGCAAUUUUUAUUUUAAUUAAAAGCUUUUUAAGAGGGUUUUUUUGUAUU